AUGGCGUGUUUGGGGAUUCGUCACAGCGUAGUUGGAGAUUGCAUGAUCCGGAAGCGUGGUGGUGGUUAUACAGAUGAACGAUCGAAUCGUCUUUCCGGAUUCACACAGCUCUCAAUCCCCAAUCUCGCCGUUAAACUUCCUAAUCAUAGAGUCUCUACAGCGGUUUACGCUACGUUAGCGUGUGAUUCCGGUCAUCGGUCGACUUUGUCUUUAUUUGAUGACAGUUUAGAUUUACGAACAGAACCAUUUGGUGGUAGUGAUGAUAAUGAGGAUCACGAUCGUACAUGUAUUGAGAGCCCUAGGGUUUCGGAGAAGCUCGAUGAAUGGAUGCGGAUUUCGGUAACGGAAAUCGUUAAGAACAUAAAACAAGCGCCGUUGCUGGUUCAGAUCUACGCCGAUGGCGAGGUGGAGAUGAAGAAAUCGCCGGCGGCGAAGGACUGGCGGAAUGUAGUUAAACACAGAUCGUCGUCACUUGAGGGAGUUAUACUGGUGGAGGAGCUCAAUGAGAACACUGAUCCGGUGGAUUCCGACGUAAAGUUCGAGGAAGAAGACGGAACUAGGGCUUUUGGUGUGCUGAUUCAAGGAAAAAUUAAAGGUUUAGAUCAAUGUUACUCAAUCCGUCAAUCGUCGUUUGAUUUUGCACCACCAUCGACGGCGGAAAGGAUGGCGUGUUUGGGGAUUCGUCACAGCGUAGUUGGAGAUUGCAUGAUCCGGAAGCGUGGUGGUGGUUAUACAGAUGAACGAUCGAAUCGUCUUUCCGGAUUCACACAGCUCUCAAUCCCCAAUCUCGCCGUUAAACUUCCUAAUCAUAGAGUCUCUACAGCGGUUUACGCUACGUUAGCGUGUGAUUCCGGUCAUCGGUCGACUUUGUCUUUAUUUGAUGACAGUUUAGAUUUACGAACAGAACCAUUUGGUGGUAGUGAUGAUAAUGAGGAUCACGAUCGUACAUGUAUUGAGAGCCCUAGGGUUUCGGAGAAGCUCGAUGAAUGGAUGCGGAUUUCGGUAACGGAAAUCGUUAAGAACAUAAAACAAGCGCCGUUGCUGGUUCAGAUCCUACGCCGAUGGCGAGGUGGAGAUGAAGAAAUCGCCGGCGGCGAAGGACUGGCGGAAUGUAGUUAA